AUGGCCGAGGGAGGAGGUCCAACCGCUGGGUCCCUGCUCCGGGACCCACACCCCUCCGAGGAACUCCCGGCUUGCUCGCGCGGCUGCAGCCCGGAGGCCUCCCGAGCGUACAGGCCUGAGAAUCUGCAGCCCCGCCGAGUCCGACAACUAAGCCCCCCGGAGCGGUGCAGCCGAGGGCAGGGCCUCGCGCAUCCCGGGCAGCCUCGCCCGGCGCCGGCGGAGCCGCCCGCCCGGCAGUGCGAGCCCCGGACGCCUGCAGCGCGCCGGGGAGGCGGCGCGGCGGCCCGGAAGGCGGUGGGAGAGGCGGCUCGUCUCCGCUGCCCCCAGGGUCGCUCCAUGCCACACUCCCAAACCGAACGCCCUCCCCUCUGCGCUGCGUUCGGACCCCGGAACACCCAGAGCGGCCCCAGCACGGAUGGAGCGGAAAGAGGGCUCAGAAGCAAGGGCCGGGAAGGAGCCGCCACGCUUACCUGCAAUUGCUCAAACUCCCAGGUCCCGUGCCGGCGACAUGCCUCAGGGACUCGGGGCUCCCACAGACCAGGUGGCUUAAAGCAAAAAACAAAAAGUCCCCAAGGGAUUUCCGCAACAACUUAUGGAAGGAGAAAAAUGUGGGGUGCAAGAAGGGAGAAUGUUCCGGCGCAGGGGCCAGGCGAUCCCGGAGGGGCCAACGCCAGGCCGACCCUGCGCGGCUUCUUGCUUGGUUGGAGACACGACCGCUGUCAGCGUCUGCUCCCGGCUACUUCAGUGUUUGUUCAAUAUGCCAAGCUAGCCAAACCAGUGGCUCCCAGGAAUUCUCCUGUCGCUGCCACUCACCCUCCUGUUGGAGCACUGGGAUCUCAGACCUGUGCACUACCACACCCAACCUCUUGUGGGCUCUGCGGAUUCAAACACAGUUCCUCGCUUUUGUGCCGCAAGUGCUGAAGGGGUCUGAGGUGGGAGGACAUGAGGAGACUACCCAGAUUCACAUGACAUAUCCCAACAUGGACAGACAUAUUUACUCACUGUAGCAAAUAAUUUUUUAAAAGGUUAUUAGCUACAGUAAAAUUAGUGUUUAUUUAGCAAUAGACAGCCAUUUGUGUCAUUAAUGAAUGUAAUUUAUGUUUGUGACAACUGGCCACGGGCCUACCUUUGAAAUCUCUGCUAAUUGAAUGAAGAAUGGAAACCCAUAAAACACAGACUCCUAUCUGCCCAAUGGAGACAGUCUUUCCUGGCUCUGACCUGCAUGUCAGUUUCGUCACUGAAGUCCCUUGAGGUCCAAGUCAACCCUGCCACGUCAGCUUGAUUCCCCCAUUAUCCAACCCAGAGACUGUGGCUACCCCAGCAGCCCCUGAGACUGCACACGGAGAUUCAGGAUGAAAUCAUCACCCCAGGCCUCAAACAUGUCCAAGUGGGCUGGAGGAAGGCAGGAUGGAAGCUGGGAAAUCUCUCUUCCAACCCAGACAGCUGACUAGAUUGAUUUCCAGGUCGCGAUCUGCGCUGAAGUCAUUGUUUCCAGGCUCUGAGUCAUGGCCCAAGGUAAACCUUCCCAGGCUUCCCCCCCGACCUCCUGUCUGACACUACCACUGGGGUGUCUACGCCCUGCCUCAGCUUUGCCCCACCAGUUAGGGCAUGAUCGUACCUUGGUCCUGCUGGGUUUUGGAACCUCAGAUGACUCAUGCUGUGCACUUGAGUGGAUGCAAAAAGGAGCAAACCAUUCCCGUGGCUGAAGGCAGCCGGAGGACUUCAAGUUGGUGACAGGCGUGACACCCAUCUGCAACGCUUUUCUUUUCUUAUUUCUAGAGACAUUUUAUGAGCCCUGGAGGUUGAUGGAAGCGGACUCUGUCCCUGAUCUCUCCCCAUCUUUAAAUGCAGAGUUUUUGCUAAUUUUUUUAUUUUUUUAUUUUUACUUUUGCAUUUCCCACUGCGACUGGAAAGUCAGAGGCUGCCAUUGUGGAGGAAAGGGGUAAGAUGGGGGAAGUGAAGAACUGGACUGAUUUUCGGCCAAAGUGAAGGCUCCAGGGCAACAAGCUAAAUUUGGUCAACAAUGCGAAGGUUCUGCCUCCCUGAAGGAACUGUGUGUGCUAUCCAAACUGGAAGACUGACUGCUGACACAGGUCCAGAGACACGGCAGACAGAGCCUGGUUGCUCUGCCCGCCAGCCUUCCCUGUCUCACCUUCUGCACAGGAAACCAAAGGAGAAAAAUGAGAACAGAAGGAAGUUUGGAACAAUUACAAGGGGAUGAAGUUGCCCAAACAUGAGCAAAAUGAAAAGAUAAAGCAAAGCAAACGUGAAACCCAAGUGUGAGGAGAAAGGGGAAAAUGAACACAAGAAAUGAAUGCCAAGAAAUGGUCAGGAACCAUGUGAGAGGGAUUCGGGGAGCUCAGGCAGGAGAUGGCCACCUCUCCCAUUCUCCACGCUGCACGGCAUCACGAAAGCAUGAGCCCGUCAAAUAAACUGAAAACCCAAAGAUGGGUGCUGGUACAAGUUAAAAGCAAGAUGUCGUCUAUGAACUCAUGUGUUGGGAUACUUGGUCCCCAUCUGGUGGUGAUCUUUGGGGAGUCCCCAAGAGAUGGGCUUUGGGAUUAGAGUGGGCUUCCUUUUCUGCCUGAGCUCUGUACUUGUUGGACCACAGAGACACAACAAGCCAAAUACCAAGCUCCCUCUGUCAUGGAGCCAGUUGCUCCAGCUGCCGUGCUGUUCUGUGGCCGUGAUGGAUUGGAUCCCCUGAAUCAUGAGCCAGAAUGAUCUCCCUAGAUUGCUUCUGUAUGUAUGUUAUGCUAGCCGUUUUAAAACUGCUCACACAGGUGAACAACAGAAACAGAAGGGAAAGUGAUCUUAGAUUUAAGGAAAUGAGGAGCCACAUCAUCAUGGAAUUAAAAUAUAAAUGAGAAGAAACAAUACCAUUGACCUCUGGGCUAAAACCUUCAGGAAAAGCUGAUGAUAAUCAGACAACAAAGGUGUGGGUAGUGAAGGGGGUCAAAGGCAGUUAAUACGAAGGAGCCCAGUACAAGGAAUUAAAGAUGCGCUCAGAAGUAUGACCAGGGAUAUGGAGGUGGCUAGGCCAACCUGAGUCUGGACCCCGAAAGCCACAUGGUAGGAAGACAGAACUGACUCCUCUAAAUUGCCCUCUGACUGCCUCAUGUAUGCCACGGCGGGCAUGUAUACACAAAUAAAUAUAAUUUUUAAAAAA